CCGCAAUGCUGCUCGCUCGCUGUCCGCGUCAAUGUCCACCGCGACUGGCCUCGCAAUUCCACUCGACGCCGGCGACGAACGCUAUCCAGCUCAAGCCUCCCCAACUCAAGGCUGCCAAGCCACGUGUCUUCAAGGAUAAAAAGGCUUUCCAGUACAACUGGUACUCGCGAAUUCUCGAGAGCAGCAAAGUCUCGCCUCUGCUUAUCCUCCACCACAAUGACUUCACGGCAGAGCGACUCACAAAACUGCGCUCCGACAUCAUGCAGGCAGCACAACGCGUAAAGCCGCCCUCGCUCGCCUCGCCUUCUCCCGCUCCCGGCGCAUCCGCCGAAUACCCCGUCCUCACAAACGUCCGCUCCAGUAUCUUCGGUGUCGCAUUGAGGAACUUUGACGUCAACCAAGACGCCCUCGUUAAAAUGAUUGGCGAGCAAGGAGGGAGCUACAUGGUCCUCUCAAUACCCUCUCUGCACCCUCCACUCAUCAACGGCGUCCUCCGCGCAAUGGACCGCAGCGUCCCUCCCAAACCACCCAAAACGCCCGAACAAAUCAAAGCCGAAGAAGCUGCUAAGAAUGCGGACCCCGAGCAACCCGGUCGACGGAUGAAGCGAGUGCGACAGGUUAGGAUCCCCGAGCUCAAGUUGAUGGGGGCCAUUAUCGAAGGAAGGGUGUUCUUGCCACCUGGGUUGAACGAGGUGGCCAAGUUGCCGACGUUGGAUACGUUGAGGGCGCAGAUUGUGGGGUUGUUGAGUGCCCCUGCUUCGCAACUUGCGGGUGUGCUUGGUCAGGCGAGUGGUGGGCAAUUGGCGAGGACUUUGGAGGGGUUGAAGAAGGGCUUGGAGGAUGCGGAGAAGGGAGAGAGUGCUCCUCCGUCGUGAUCAUCCUUUAUAGAGGUUGUCGUACAGCAUACCUAAUCGUUAAU